AUGUUGUUACGAAAACCUGAAGCUGUGACGGAGAACUGUACAGAUGAGAGGUGGAAGUGGUUCAAGAACUGCCUCGGAGCACUUGAUGGAACAUACAUAAAGGUCAAUGUAGAGAAGGUCGACAAGCCUAGGUAUCGAAGCUGCAAGGGUGAGAUUGCUACUAAUGUCCUUGGUGUUUGUACUCGAGACAUGCAAUUCAUUUAUGUAUUGCCUGGGUGGGAGGGAUCAGCUACUGAUUUUCGAGUGCUUCAAGAUGCCAUUUUGAGGAGAAAUGGCUUGAAGAUGCCCCAAGGCUUUUUGGCUCCUUAUAGAGGACAAAGAUACCAUUUGAAUGAGUGGAGACAGAGUCAACAACCCGCAAAUGCUCAUGAGUUCUUUAACAUGAAGCACUCUCGGGCUAGGAAUGUUAUAGAGAGAGAAGAAAUGCCUAUUGACCCAAUGGACAUCGAGGUUGUUGAGGAUGUCACUAGCUCACAAGAGGAAGAAGUUAGUGAUAGGAUAACCUAUGUAGAGACAAGUGAUGCUUGGGCUGCUUUCAGGAAGAAUUUGGCGAAUGAUAUGUUCGAGCAAUGGAUGGAAGAACAACUUUUUCAAGGAAAUAAAAAAGCAAAUACAAGGGCAGACAAAACUACUUCCUUGAAAAGAAUUUGGACAAAGACUGAAGAUGCAAAGCUGGUUGAGUGCCUUAUUGACGUAGUGAAUGCUGGUGGUUGGGAGGGUGAUAAUGGCACAUUAAGGCCAGAAUUUCACCAACAUUUGGAGAGAAUGAUGGAAAAAAAGCUUCUUGGUUGUGGACUGAGAGGAAAUCCAUACAUUGAAAAUCAUGUGAAGUUACUAAAAAAGCAAUACAAUGCAAUUGCAGAAAUGUUAGGACCAAACUGUUCGAGAUUUGGAUGGAAUGAUAGAGAGAAAUGUGUGGUGGUAGACAAAGAUGUUUAUGACCUAUGGGUGAAGAGUCAUCCCCAUGUAGCUGGCCUGAGAAACAAGCCUUUCCCUUAUUAUGAAGACUUGUCAAUUGUGUUUGGUAAGGAUAGAGCAAAUGGGGAGGGUGCAGAGGAUCGAGCUGAUGCUUGUGAACAAAUUGAGAAAGAGGAGGAAGCUUUAGGUGAUACUAUGAGUUUGGAAGAUGAUAUGGAUGCUGAGGGAGGUUCUCCGAAUGCAAUAGAUUCACCACCAUCUAUUUGCCAACCUACAGGCAUUGGUACUAGUAUUGCAACAAUUGGGAGUAAGGAAGACUUCAAGAAAAUUGCAAACUUUUUUGAGAAGAAGGGGCAAAGUGAUGAGAGGCGUAUGGCUUUGUUUGAGGAGAUUAUGAAGAUUGAAGAUUUGAGUGAGGAUGAUAUGUUGAUUGCUGGCGAGUUUCAGGAGAUGGCUCUGUGCAGAAUUUAUCCCAAGAAGGACAACAAAGAAGUUGGUGAUGAUUUUUCUGCCGCACAUGACCGCAAGAGAAGACAGAUACAUGCUACAAGGCCGACGCCGCUCUUCGAUUAG